UCCUUUUUGGAAACUCACACCAGCCACUUAAGUUUUAAAAUGAGGAUCGGACUCACAAGGUCUGAUUCUGUCCCCAGUGAGUCCCAGAGAAAGGGGAAGCAAGUGGCAGCGGGUGGACAUUGACUCUGUUGGGUCCACGACUUCCAUGGCAGAGAGACCCAGAAAGGGAAAUGGACUCAUUGGGAGCAGCUGGGCCAUGGUUUUUGCAUCUGGUGGUUUUCAAGUAAAGCUUUAUGAUGCUGUGGAAGCACAGGUUACAAAAAGCUUGAAAAAAAUUGGUGAACAAAUGAAAGAACUGGAAACAGCUGAAAUGCUGAAAGGCUCCCUCACAGCUGACCAGCAGAUCACUCUCAUUAGUGGCUGCACAGAUUUAAAAGAAGCUGUCAAAGGUGCCAUUUAUGUUCAGGAAUGUGUACCGGAGAAUGUAGAACUGAAAAAGAAGAUUUUUUCUCAAUUAGAUCUAAUAGUCAAUAAUGAUACUAUCCUAGCUAGUUCAACUUCGACUCUUUUGCCUACAAAAUUAUUCACUGGAUUGAAGCAUGUGAAGCAGUGUAUAGUUGCACACCCUGUAAAUCCACCAUAUUAUGUGCCGCUUGUUGAAUUAGUUCCUCAUCCAGAAACAGAUCCCUCUACAAUGGAGAAAACCUAUGAUUUGAUGAAGACUAUAGGACAAUCACCAAUUAAAUUAACAAGAGAGAUAGAUGGAUUUGUUCUGAAUCGACUUCAGUAUGCUCUUAUUAGUGAAACAUGGAGACUCGUUGGGGAUGGAGUAAUAUCACCAGAUGAUUUAGACCUUGUGAUGUCUGAUGGCUUGGGAAUGCGUUAUGCUUUUAUGGGACCUCUGGAAACAAUGCACUUAAACGCCGAAGGAAUGCUGAACUAUUGCGAUAGAUACCGUAAAGGUAUUAUCCAUGUCUUGAAAACCUUUGGACCGGUGCCAGAUUUUGCUGGGGAAACAGAAAAGAAAAUCAAUGAGGCCAUGGUUAAAAAAACUCCAAGUGAUCCAGAGCACCUAAAUGCCAGGAGAGAGUGGAGGGAUGAAUGCCUUGGGCGUCUGGCCAAACUGAAAAAGGAUAUUAAAUCGGAUGACGUGAACCACUUUUAAAUCACAGAAACGGGCAUCAUCAAGUUGGCAUUCAAGAGGACACCUCCCUUCCAUGGCCAAACAUGCAAAAGCCAGUUGAACCACUUAAGUCAAUUAUUUAAAGCUGGAACAUUUUUAUCUGAAAACGUUUCUAGAUGAUAUUUUAAAGGUACAAUCUUAAACCCCCUGGUUGAGAAUCUGGGAAGAUUGUUGGUCCUCCAUGUCAUAGCUGUCUCUCAGGUGCUUUUUUUUUUCUCAAGAAAAAAAACCCAACCCCAGUCCAGUUGCCUUUUUUGGGGGAAAAAAAGUACCUUUGAGACCCUUGGUUGAGGUGCUUGCAUUUUGUGGGAGGGCUGCAUAGAAAUGUAUUUGUUGAGAGUAACUUGUGAUUUUCAUCAUU